AUGAUGCAUACGCUGUACGGCCAGGCUGAACUUGACGCUAAUUCCUCCAGUUUUGCUACUGACAUUCCACCUCUCCUCACUACCUCCAUGAGUACUACCACUUCCACCUUAAAUUUUGACACUUCGGUUCCUGAUCGAAUAGGGGUAUCUAAAUCAUUAACCGGUGGUGGCUCUACAUCCGGUCCUGGAAUCUCUUCUCUUUUAUCAACCCCUGUACCUGUGCCUUAUACUUGGGCUUCCCGUGGCCCUGGGCUCGAUGGCAGCCUUGGAAUCACAGUCUCCGCGCCUGGCGGAGCUAUAGCAUCUGUUGCGGCGUGGCAACUCCGUCCUGCCAAUCUCUUGAAUGGCAGUUCUAUGAGUUCGCCAUCCGUGGCGGGAAUAAUAGGUAAAUAUUUUCAGAAUUUUAUUACUUUCGUUUUUUAA